AAGUUAAAAAGUUUAUUCAAGAAGCACGAGAAAAAAAAAAAAAAGAGAGAACAAAUGGCGAAAUUAUUCAUCAAGCAAGCGGAGCAAUACGCAGCAGCCCGACCCAGUUACCCGACCAAACUCUUCGAAUAUCUGGCAUCGAAAACACCGUGCCACGACCUUGCUUGGGACGUCGGCGCCGGAAGCGGCCAAGCCUCACGAUGGCUAGCCGGAAUCUACAAGAACGUGAUUGCUACCGACACGAGCUCGAAGCAACUUGAAUUUGCUGCAAGGCUUCCCAACGUCCGUUACGAGAUCACUCCACCGACGAUGUCUUCAUCGGAGAUAGAGAAGCUAGUAGCACCUGAAUCAUCAGUCGAUUUAGUCACCGUCGCACAGGCCCUUCAUUGGUUCGACCUCACGAACUUCUAUAGCAACGUGAAACACGUGCUCAAGAAACCCGACGGGGUAAUCGCCGCCUGGUGCUACACCAAUCCGGAGGUUAACGCCGCCGUGGACAAGGUUUUCCAACGGUUUUACGAUGAGAAACUUGGCCCUCAUUGGGAUAAAGCGAGGCGGCUUGUGGAGGAUGGGUACAGAGGAAUUGAGUUUCCGUUCGAGAAGGUGGAUAAUGAUGAGUCAACGGAAAGUCAAAGUUUGCCGAUAAGGUUCGUGACUGAGAAAGAAAUGGUGUAUGAAGAGUAUAUGACUUAUCUGAGGUCAUCUUCGGCGUAUCAGACGGCUAAGGAGAAGGGUUUAGAGCUUCUGACGACGGAGAUGGAAGGAAAGUUUGCCGAUUCGUGGAAAGAAGAUGGGAAAGAGAAGAAAGUUGUCAGGUUUCCGAUUCACUUGUUGAUCGGAAGAGUUGGAGAAGAUGGCAUUUGAAUAGAUAUCUCCAACACCACCCGAGACAAGAAUAUCUAUGGUUACUACUUCCUACUUACUAGUUUCCAACUUAUUUAUGAUCUUGUGAGUUUAAAGGAAUUCCUAUGGAAAAUGUUUUCAAAUUAAUUAAAAUGAGCCAUAUUGACAAGAGACUUAUGGAAAGUAGAUGCUAUUUUUGUAAAUUAAAGAGACAAAAGAGAUGAUUGUAAACUGA